CACAUUAGACUUGACUUGUGGCUAUUCAGAGUGUCGGCCAUUUCCUUGAGCUCUGUUGAAUUUUCCUGCCUCUCUAGGCUCUCUUUUCAGUGGACAACUUCAUCCACUACAUGACCGUCUCCUUGGAGAUGCUCAUGAACGAGGUUCCUCGUAUGAUCGUCAACGUCGUGCAGAUCCUGCCCAUGGAGACUCUCAGGGAGGUCCAGAAGCCGACGCCAGGCUGUCUGCUCCAGCGGUCUUUCUGCUCUUGCCUGAUAAAGCCAGUAGGGAGUUCUCCUGAGCUACGGGAGCUUGUGGAGGUCAAUCUCGAGUUCCAGAAAAGACUGGAGCAGCUGCUGUACAGCGAUCGUUUCUUCAGGGAAGACUUUGCCGUUGUUCUGCAGCCCUUUCUGAAACACGCCGACCCCCCUCGCCUCCAGAACGGGAAGAUCGAUAUGACCUUCUUCACCCACGACUGCUUCCAUUUCACCGUGAAGGGACACGAGGAGCUGGCCAAGGGGCUGUGGAACAACAUGUUCCAGCCUGAGGGAGGGAAGUUCAUGGUGAGCAGUUUCUCUGACCCCAUCACUCUCAUCUGUCCGUCUUUGGACCAUCCAUACAUCUUCACCCGGCCCAGCGCGGCGAAAACAGGCCAGUCCCCAGCUGAGUCCGGGGCCCCGUCACAGCCAGCCGUCUACCUGUUCCUCUUGCUCCCCGUGGUUUUUGGGGGUCUUGGACUUCUGUAGCUCUCGUUUGUCUGUGGCAUUUUGCAAGCAUGUCAUUGAUAUUUGAAGCAGGUAAUAUAGUGGCAAGGGAAAGUCUGGAACCACGUGUGUUUUUUGUCUAAUGUGGUAUCAAAAUGACGUUUAAAGCUGCACCAGACGACUUUGCGCACCGGCAGCCCUGAAGGCAUCGAGAGGGAACCGACUGAAGUUUGAAGACCUCAAAACCCAGAAAUCAUCAGUAAACUGCACACUCCUCUAGCCUAAAUUCCUCCUUCUUCUUAGUGUCUAGUGCUGAUGGAGGUGGUGAGGAGGUUCAGGUCUCGCUGGGGAGUCCAGCUCUCUGUGGACGGAGCGCUCCCUGCCCUGAUCUCAUCUGGGCACAGUGGCCUAAUCUGUGAGACCUCAACUAGACAGGAUGGGACUAUCUUCCCUGCUGAAGCCCCAUGUUGUGAUACAGGCUCAUAGGACAGGCAUUUUAAUAUGUAGAAAUCUUUCCAAGUGCAGCUUUAAUCAUACUGCAUUCCUAUAAGAAUUACAGAUGUAAUUAGU